AUGCCGCGCACGAAAAACCAGAUCCAUGCCAAGACCCUGGCCUUCCGAACCCCCGGGGCUAAGCUGGUGGCAGUGUCGGACAUUUUCGAGGAGGCUGGCGCUCGUGUCGUCGAGAGGUGCAAUGGCCUGCCCAAGUUCUACAAGGUGGGGCCAGUGGUGUGCGAGCGCAAGUACGAGGAGAAUGAGAGCGACUUGGAACGGUAG